CACAACAAGAGAAGCCAAUAUCUAUAUAUAUAAAACCAAGAAAAAAAAAUGGCAAAGGCCGGGCGUCUUGUCUCUGUGCUCUGCAUUCUGGCCUUUGCGACCGUUGCCCGCAGCUACGAGCUCUUUAAAGUCGAAGGCGAUGUCUACUGCGACCCAUGCCGCGUCCAAUUCCAGACUCCUCUCAGCAAAAAGCUCUCAGGAGCCGGAAUUAAAGUGGAAUGCAGGAACAUUGAGACAAAGACGCUGACUUUCUCGGUCAACGGAACGACCAACGAGCAAGGCCACUACGUGGUGGAGGUUGUGGGCGACCACGAAGACGACACGUGUGAAGUGGUGGCUGUCACCAGCGCGGACGCUGCAUGCAACGUGCCCAUGGAUGACAUGACCGUGUCACGGAUCGAGUGCACUACCAACAGUGGGAUCCACACCGACGUCCGCUACGCCAACCCGCUCGGGUUCAUGACCAAGCAUGCUUCUCCUCAAUGCCUAUCGGUGUUGAAAGAUUUGAUGAUCGACCAAAUUGAGGAUUGAGAACACAAAUUACGCCUUUGCCAUUUUGAAGAUAUGAUCUUCUCUUGUCCAAUUGUAAUCAAUAAUAAAACUUAUGAAAGAAAAUGAUGAAAUGAGAUAUAUUACUUUAUCUUUCAAA